AUGAUAAAACUAAAAUUUAUUAAAAGCCAAAAAGGCAAAAAUAUGUUGGUGUAUAACGGUUUUCUGUACUGCAAGCAUGAAGUGUACGAAAAUAAAAUUGUAGGGCGUUGCUCUGAUUAUAAAAAAAUUGCAUGCAAAAGCCGAUGUCACACUACAUCAGAAGAUGAAUCAGGCGAGAUUAUAAAACACACUGACCAUUCACAUACUCAAAAUGCAGCAAAAUCUGAGGCUAAGGAACUAAUUAAUGAAAUAAAGAAAAGUGCUGAAAAUGGACAAUUUCCAACUAGAAUCAUCAUCUCAACUAAGUUAGGUGAAGCUUCUGCUUCAGUAAUUAAUUGGCCAACUUCCUACUAUUAA